AUGUUCACCAAGCCUCUCGCCAUGAUCAUUCCACUACUCUACAGUAGUGCAACCAGCGCCCUUCCUUCGCCACUGGUCAAACCUGUCGAAGCGCGCCUACUUGGUUUGGGAACGCUCUUUGGCCCCUUUACUCUGCCGCAAGUCCCAUUGUCCAAUGUAGCUCUCACGCUUGUCAACGCUCAAGACGAAGUCUUCGACAUCUCUUCUAUCAGUAUUUUUGGCGACAUCAAUGACGGCAAUAAUUGUACAGAAUUACCAGAUGCCCCUGCGACUGCUGCGAACCAUCAGGGUCAAACAGUUGUGUUUGGGCCUGUCAAUACGUCUGGAAUGGCCUCUAUCACGAAUAUCUCUCUCACAUUGAUCAACUUUCAGGAUGAAGUUGUCGACAUCAGCUCUAUCUCUGUAUUUGGAGAUAUCAAUGACGGCAGUUGCCCGGCACAGGCGUGA